AAGAGACAAUCAUAAACAAAGGUGAAAGAGAACGAUUCGUUCCCUUAAAAGAUUCGUUCAAAAACCCAAAUUCGUUCAUAAACACCAGUAGUCUCCAACCCAUUUUGAACUUUACCGAGGGGUGGUGUAUUUUAAUCCCGCCCUUACUUUGAAGGGUGUGAACCGAGGGGAAGUACGCGACUCACAAAGCCCAGAAAAUAAGUGUUUCGUUUUGGCUUCUCUGGAGUCGUGAGCAGCUGUGCUUGUUACGUUAAGAGCAAUGGCAGAAUUUGUUAAGGCGCAAAUUAAGGGUGACAAAGUAGUUGUGUUUCUGAAGCCGAGCUGUCCUUACUGCGUACUCGCAAAGGAUGUUUUGUCAAAGUAUAAAUUCAAAAGUGGACACUUGGAGUUGAUUGACAUCAGCGGACGCAGUGACAUGGGCAGCAUGCAAGACUAUCUGCAACAGAUCACAGGCGCGCGCACCGUUCCUCGAGUCUUCAUAGGGGAACAGUGCAUUGGAGGAGGAAGUGAUGUUGAUGGUCUGGACCGUUCUGGAAAACUGGAAGGCAUGUUGCAGGCAAUCGGAUCUCUGCAGUGAAGGGCGUCAAGAAGGGGUCACAUGAUGCUGCAGCGAGACUUACGGAUCUGCCGUCUGCGUUGCUGGUACUCGCUGAGCUCCUGUAGGUAACCUCUGGAGGGCCAGCGCAGUCGCUCCACCUGCUCACGCUCCUCGUCUGUCAAAAAAAGCAUCACAGGAAAAUAUUGCUGCAACAUUCCCUCCUGCUGAACAGCAGUGCAUUUAAUAUCCGCCCACCUUGCUCUUCAAUUAAAAUAAUGUAAUUGUCUUGUUGAAUGUUUAAAAAAAAAAAAGAAAUUAGAAGUCUUUAAAAAAACCUGAAAAUAAAAUAUUUUCCUGUCAAA